CUCUCUUUUCUUGGAUUAUUUUAAACAUAUGAUCAUUGCUUCAUCUAUAUAUAUAAGAUAUAUCUCCAGUCUGAUGGAAUACACAAAUGGAUCCUCAUUUUCUUCUAUCUUUUUCUUCAAACUUCCAUUAAUAAAAAAAACUUACAAAAUUUAUUUAUCCCUCACAUAUAACAUACAUCACUUCAUCACGAAAAGGGAAAUUCUAUUUCGGUGAGACUUCAUCUGAUCAAUCGUAGUUCAGAUUCAAGUUGGUCCUUGCUUCCAUUUUAUUGUGUUUAGCAUUAUAGUAGAGUCAAGUUUCAAUGAACUUCACAACCAUUCCCCUCCAAAACCCUAGUUUUUUCAACAACUCUCAAAGUUCUCUAGCAGGAGCACUACAAGGAUGCAUUGGGAACCUUGAUGGAGCAUGUUUGGAAAAACUAUUACUUCAUUGUGCAAGUGCCUUAGAGAACAAUGAUGUUACUUUGGCUCAACAAGUCAUGUGGGUGCUCAACAAUUUGGCUUCUUCUAAUGGAGAUCCAAAUCAAAGACUCACAUCAUGGUUCCUUAGGGCAUUAAUUUCAAGGGCUUCUAGGGUUUGUCCUAAUGCCACAAAUCUUCAUGGAGGUAGUAAUCUUGAAAGGAGAUUAAUGAGUGUGACUGAGCUAGCAGGGUAUGUGGAUCUCAUCCCAUGGCAUAGAUUUGGAUUUUGUGCAUCAAAUAGUGUUAUUUAUAAGGCCAUUGAAGGGCAAACAAAAGUUCACAUAUUAGAUUUUAGUAUCACUCAUUGUAUGCAAUGGCCAACUCUCAUUGAUGCAAUUGCUAAGAGGCCUGAGGGUCCUCCUUCACUCCGAAUAUCGGUUCCUUCAUGGAGACCACAAGUUCCUCCAUUGCUCAAUGUGUCAAGUGAAGAAGUUGGCCAACGUUUGGCAAAUUUCGCGAAAUUUAGAGAUGUUCCUUUUGAAUUCCAUGUGAUUGAAGACUUGAACUAUGACAUGUUCUUGAGCCAAUUGAAUCCUUCAACUCUUCAAAUUAGAGAUGAUGAAGCUUUGGUUGUGAAUUGCCAAAAUUGGUUAAGGUACUUGCAUGAUGAUGAACAAAUUAAGGGUGCAAUUUCGUCUCGCGACAUAUUUCUUGAUAGGGUUAAGGAUUUAAACCCUUGUAUUGUGACUAUUGUUGAUGAAGAUUGUGAUUUGGGAAACUCAACUACUUUAACUUCAAGAAUAGCCACUUGUUUCAACUAUCUAUGGAUACCCUUUGAUGCAUUAGAGACAUUCUUGCCUAAGGAUAGUAAACAAAGGCUAGAUUAUGAAGGUGAUAUUGGCCACAAAAUUGAAAACAUUAUUGGAUUUGAAGGGAACCAAAGGAUAGAGAGAUUAGAGAGUUGCAACAAGUUCUCACAAAGGAUGGAAAAUAGUGGUUACAUGAGUGUACCUUUUAGUGAAGAAACAAUUAAGGAAGUGAAGUCAUUGUUGGAUGAGCAUGCAAGUGGAUGGGGCAUGAAAAAAGAGGAACAUGACAUGCUUGUAUUAACAUGGAAAGGUCAUAACUCAGUCUACGCAACAUCUUGGGUCAUAGUCCCCACCACCCCAUAUGGACAUGAGUAGCUUAUAAUAAUAAUAAUAAAAAAAGUGGCUAAGUUUUAUAUUUUUACUUGCAAGUGGUCUUUUAAAUAUAUAAUAAUGGUAGGUUUAAAUUAAAGUAGCUAGCUAGAAAGGGCCAAAAUUGAGAUGAAGUUUCAUUCUCAAAGUGGUCCAUUAGAUGAGAAGUGACAAUAUAAGAUUUGCUUUUUUAUUUUAUAGUUUUUUUGUCAUGGUGCUAUUAUGUAAACAAGACAAGGGCUAAAAAUGCUAGGAAUCUAAGAAAAACUUUAAUUUCAUCCCAUGCCACAAAUGUAUUAUUUGUCAAUUUGUCCCCUACUAAUGUCACAUGAAAGUUG